AUGAGUUUCAUGAUUGAUUGGGAAUUGAGCUUUGCUGAGUGUAGUGUAGAUGCAGGAAAAGCCAUCCUUGGGAUGAGGCAGAGAACGUACAUGGACCCUGGAAGGCGCACGAGGCAGAAUGAAACCAUCCUGCAAGUCCUACGUGCUCUGCUGAAUUCAGGUGGGGGAGUGAUCAAGAUUGAGGUUGAGGUUGCGGACUAUGACUUUGAGAGUCAUGGAGUAGGGCUGAAACUGCCUCCAAGUUUCACAAGUCAUUUAGAUAUGAUGCACCAGGGGAAGAUCUUUUUAAUACUUGUGAAUUCAUGGAAUGUAGCAGCCUCUGGUGUACGCCUUGCUACCUUGUGUUCCAAUUUGUACCUCAGACCUGGAACAUCUACUGAGGUUAUGGAUUCCCAAGAAGCAUUGGCCUUCCUUAAAGGACAGGCUCAGACUCCUGUGAAUGGUGAUAAUUCUAACCCAUCACCUUCAUAGGAAGCUCAAAUCAAAAGUAACGUGGCCUCAGCUGCUGACAUAUUUGAUACACUAUAGCUUCAGUACCUGGAAAAAAUCAACUUUAUGGAGUCCCUGCAUGUUGAAUUUCAAAUGAUUCCAGCAGACCUAUGUCAGGGUAUGAAAGAGAGACUCCCUCAGUUCAUGUCUGCGUUUGCUAAUAGCCAGGGAGGACAUGUAUUUUUUGGUGUCCAUGCUGAGUCCUAUCAAGUCAUUGGAUGUGAAAAAGAGAAAAUAAAUGGUCAGGUUCUGUUGGCUUCCCUUCAUGGCUGUAUCAGGAAGUUGCCUUUAUCCGUCCAUCAUUUCUGCAUAAGUAAUCCUAAAGUGAAAUAUGCCAUCAGAAUUCUUGGAGUACACAACAACGGGGCCGUCUGUGCCCUCAAAAUGAAGUGAUUCUGCUGAGCAGUGUUUACCAAAGCGCCUGGUUCGUGGCACAUGAAGAGUGAUGUAAAACGGCUAACCAUGAAGGACAGGGUGUCUUGGAUGAUAAAAACCGUCCCUGUAUCAUUUGACAGCAUCAAAUAUACUCCAGAAAGGAGUAUCUACAAAGAACUCGUCGCAGAACAUAGAGGACUGAGGCACUUCGUAAACAUUGAGAUGCACCCUUUCUCAUUUCAAGAAAUAUUGAUCUUUUCUCAUAGCUGAGCAGUGGACUUGGGUCUUCAAAGGAAGCUGGGUGUUAUCUGUGAUGCUCUUCUGGUCUUCCAGAACAAUACCCUAACCCUCUACACUCUUUUCAGAGAGUGGCAUCUGGGGUACAAGCAGUACUCUAUGAUAGUGGCCCAUUCUUUGAAGGAGAAGCUUACUGGCAGACCAGGCAUCACUCCCUUUGUCUUCAUCUUGAAUUCUGACCAAACACUGAGGGCUAUUCAUAGCUCAGAAAUGCAAGUUUACCCUGAGUCAUACAACCUUAUAAGCAUUCAGCAGAUGGAAGCUCUGUUACAAUCUCUUGCGAUAGUCUUGUGCGGGUUCAGGGCCUUCUUAAGUGAAGAAGUGUGCUCUGAGGUUUUGACCCUGCCCACGGAUUAACAGUAUGAGUUACUUUCAAAGAACCUUCUCAAGACCAGAGAGCUGUUUGUUGAUGGUUUGCCUAGAUCAGGAGGGACCACCCUGGCUCUUAAGACCAUGAAGAGGAUCAGGAAUGUGUUUCACUGUCCAGCGAGUGACAUCCUCUACAUCUCUAUCUGAGAGAGCCAGCCCUUGAAGAGGUUUGUGAGUUUCAGCAAGAGAAGCUUCUGUGCAGUUGUCACCCGGAAAACCUUCAUGAAAAAUAACUUUGAUAAUAUCUGACACAUCAUCACUGAUGAAGUUCAGAAUUUCUGCACCAAAAAUGGAGAUUGGUAUGGGAAGGCAAAAUCCAUCACUCAGAAGCAAAAUGAUUGCCUGGGAAUUCCCUGGGUCUUUCAGGACUUUCAGACCAACUACUUGUGUUGCUUUGGCCUCCCUUGUAUUUUACCCGAGGAGCCAAGUAUUAAGCUCAUUGGGGUUCACAAUGCAGAUGAGAUAGCCAACUACCUACACAAUAUAAUUCAGGGGAUCCCAGAAAACCUCCUAUGCAACAGUUCUGGGUCCCUGGUGAUGCCUGAUGCAUCUGAAUGGGUUCAGGGUGUUCCAGGCAUGUUAGAGAUUUCUGACUACUUAAACUUGGAUCAGAUGGCGACUUAUGUAGCAAAGAAAUGCCAGUUGCUCUGGAGGGGUGGCUAUUACCCCAAAGAUAUUGCUGUACUUUUUUGCAAAGCAGGUGACAUAGAAAAAUGUAUGAACAGGCUUCUACUAUCAAUGAGGAGGAGAAACAUGUCUCAGCUAGAUGAGGGAUCCAAUUUAUUAGUACAGGUCAAUGAUGCAGUAGAAAUUCUGGGCAAUCACAUUGUGUUGGACACUGUCCACCAAUUUUCAGGCCUGGAAAGAAAUAUCAUGUUUGGAAUCAUUCCAAGAGCACCUGAGUCAGAUAUUUCCCACACUAUUCUGCCUGGUCUGGCUUCCAGGGCAAAAUAUCACCUGUAUGUUGUGAAGGUUUGUAUAUGA